AUGCCCGCCCCCGCGGUGACCAAGGAUGAGUCGCAGCCCGUCAAGAAGGGAGGCCCGACGGUCCUGCGAUCCAUCAUCGCUGGAUCCACGGCCGGCGCCCUGGAGAUUGCCAUCACAUACCCUGCCGAGUUUGCCAAGACUCGGUCACAACUGAACCGCCAAUUGGCCGAUGGCAAGAAGCUGCCCUGGCCGCCAUUCGGCGCGCAGUGGUACGCCGGAUGCACGACGCUGAUUAUCGGCAACUCCCUGAAGGCGGGAAUCCGAUUCGUUGCAUUCGACCAGUACAAGACGCUCCUCGCCGACGCCGACGGAAAGAUCUCGGGCCCCAAGACGGUCAUUGCCGGCUUCGGCGCCGGCGUGACCGAGUCCGCGCUGGCCGUGACGCCGUUCGAGAGCAUCAAGACGACGCUGAUCGACGACAGAAAGUCACCGAAGCCGCGGAUGCGCGGCUUCCUACACGCCGUGCCCAUCAUCGCGCGCGAGCGCGGCCUCCGCGGCUUCUUCCAGGGCUUCGUGCCGACGACGGCGCGCCAGGCGGCCAACAGCGCGGUGCGGUUCGGCGCGUACAACAUGCUCAAGCAGCUCGCCGAGUCCUACACGGCUCCCGGCGAGAAGCUGGGGGCGGUCGGCACGUUCGCCAUGGGCGGCAUCGCGGGCCUGAUCACGGUGUACGCCACGCAGCCGCUGGACACGAUCAAGACGCGGAUGCAGAGCAUCCAGGCGCGGACGCAGUACGGCAACUCGUUCCGGUGCGCGGCCAUGAUCUUCAAGCAGGAGGGUCUGUUGACGUUCUGGAGCGGCGCGCUGCCGAGGUUGGCCCGUCUGAUUGUGAGCGGCGGGUUGGUCUUUACCAUGUACGAGAAGAGCAUGGACUUUAUGGAGAAGGUAGACCCGGAGGGACGAUACAUCUGA